AUGGCUGAUCUUUUGAAAAACAUCUGUACACCAGACGUUUGGGAAGAGGCGAAAGAAUGUUUAGAAUUAUUAAUCAAUCGCCUGAAGGAUCGACGGAUCACCGCCGCCGGCGGAGCUAUUGCAACGGUAGUUUUGCUCUUAUACGCCGGUAGAAGAGCGAGAAGCAAGUAUGAAUAUAUACCUAAAGAAGACGCCUUGGCGAACUACCCGUCUCUCUGGAACCACUCGAACCUAAUGGCCAAACACCUGACCCCUGAUUUGUAUGUGAAGCUUAUAAACCGGAAAACUCGGAAUGGUUUCACGUUGGAUCAAGCGAUCCAAACUGGAGUGGACAAUCCACAUCAUCCACAUAUUUGUUCCGUCGGGAUUGUGGCAGGAGACGAGGAAUCGUAUCACGUUUUUGCAGAACUUUUUGAUCGAAUCAUUGAGGAACGACACAAUGGCUACAAAAAGACGUCCGCCCACGUGUCUGAUAUGGACCCGGCUAAACUGAAACACGGGAAGCUAGAUGAAAAUUUUGUGAUUUCAUGUCGAAUAAGAGCGUGUAGAUCUCUGAAAGGGUUUAGGCUUCCUUCAUUUUGUAGCAGAAGAGAGAGGCGAGCCAUAGAAUCGAUACUGAAGAAUGUCCUUGGUACAAUGAAAGGUGACAUGGAAGGCCACUACUAUGCCAUCUCUUCCCUUACCGCCGAAGACCGCAGUCUCCUAAUCACCGAGGGCACCCUCUUCGAUAAACCCACGAGCCCACUGUUCACAAGUAGCGGUCUCUCACGUGACUGGCCGGAUGCGCGUGGCAUUUGGUACACCAAAGGCAAGUGUUUCACUGUUCGCGUCAACGAAGAGGACCACAUCAAGAUUAUUGCCAUGGAAACGGGCGGGGAUAUGGAAAAACUGUACGAAAGAUUCUACUUAGGGCUGAAAGAGAUUGAAAAAAGUGUAGAGGGCAGCGGCGUAUCGUUCAUGCGCAAUAAACAUCUGGGGAAUAUAACGACGUGUCCGAGUAACCUCGGGACGGGACUCAGAGUUAGCGCUUUGGUCAGACUACCGAAUCUUGGAAAGGAUCCAAAGUUUCCAGCCAUUUUGAGUGAUCUGCGGCUACAAAAGAGGGGAAGCGAAGGAUCAGUGAGCCCCGUCAAGGACAACAUAUUUGAGAUCUCAAACGCAGACCGACUUGGACACACUGAGGUUGAACUCGUCCAGAAAGUGAUCGAUGGUGUUAGUUUAUUAGUCCAGAUGGAAAAACGACUUCAACAUGGUCAGCAAAUCACCGACCUUAUGGCCUACAAACUGUAGAACUACGCUUACAUGCGCUCUUCCCCAAGACUUUAUAUACCUAUUUCAAAAGCGUUGCCAAUUCGAGAUCUGAAAUGGGCGAUCUGAGACUAAACCGAAUUUUUGUUCUUUUAUAUUUUCUUGCUACAAUACGAAAAAUCACAUUUCUAACACAAAGCUCAUGCCUCAUAUUCCAAUCUAAAAUGAAACUAUAUAUAAGCUGUUCGGCUGUGAGUCUAUUUCAAUUUGCAACGUGCUACUGGGUCUGAGAUUUCAGAUCUCUGACCGACGUUUUUUGAAACGUUUUUUGUCAUGGAAAGUAGCAAAAACGAUAGCUUACCGUGACGAA